CUUGUUGGUGGUGCUGGUGUGGUUACUGGUCAAUCAGUCGGGAGCGACUAUGUCAUAUUUGAGCCAGGAAGUCGCCAUUCUUUCCAAGAAGCUCUAGGAAGGUCAAUCGCUAAUCCGACGGCAAUGAUCUUGUGUGCGGCAAAUAUGCUCAAUCAUCUUCACCUCACCGAUUACGCCAUGGCUUUACGAGCAUCUGUGGAGAAAGUGAUUCGUGAUGGAAAAGUGCGCACUAGAGACAUGGGAGGGUGA